UGCAGCCAUCCAGAGGGAAUACAUUUGAGGUGCAGCUGAAGGAUGACCAGGUGUUGGUUGAUUUGGACAAGGAGACCUGCACAUGUUACCAUUGGGAACUCACUGGCAUUCCAUGUGUUCAUGCUUAUGCCUGCAUAUUGGAUAUGAGGGGUGACAUAGAGGCUGUUGUUGACCCAUACUAUACCAUGGACACAUACAGGUCUGCUUAUGAACCAGCUGUCCAACCAAUGCCUGGCCCAAAGCACUGGGAGACAGUCAGAAUGAGGGAACCACUACCCCCUUCUGUUAAGGUGCAACCUGGGAGACCAAAGAGCAAAAAAAGGAAGCUUGAGCCAGGAGAAUGUUCUUCUUCAGGUGGUCAGGCAAGUACCAAGAGGAAGAAGCAAUGCAGCAACUGUGGGGGAUAUAGGCAUUAUGCCAAGACUUGCAAAGUACCUGCUGCACCAGCUACAGAGCUGAUAAAGUCAGCAGGCAGACCCCCACUGAACACUCCUUGGAUGGUGGAGGAGAGGAAGAAGAAAGAGAUUAGGGCUGCUAAAAAGAGUGCAAUUGGGGCUGGACCAAACAGCAUAGGAAACAAAAAGUUUCCUCAAGAGCAAGAAGGUUGUCUGCCAUUCAGCAAGCGCCCACAGCCACAGUCUUCCUCAGCUAAGCAUUCCUCAGCUCAGCCAUCCUCUAGUCAGCCAUCCUCAGCUCAGCCUUCCUCAAGUCAGCCUGCCUCAAGCCAACCAAAAAGAAAGACAAGGUCUUCCUCAAGUCAGCCUACAACAGCCACAGGUGUUGUAACAAGGGCCAGGCUGCAAUCCCUCAACAACCUUACUCAGUGAUGUACUCAUGCUGGAUAUCAAACAUUAUGUCUGUUGAACAAUUUCAAACUUUUAUUAUGUACUCAUGACUGGUUAUGUAACUUGCUAGUUUUUUAGUGGCUUCCCUUAACAAAUUUGAACAAUUAGAUAUUGAAUUGUAAUGGUUGCAUGGCUUUGAUUGCCAUUGAAACAUGUUGAAGUAA